UAAGUAAGAGACCACCUAUAUGUGUCAAUUGUCUAAACGAAGUUUAAGUAACAAUAAGAAAAAUCAAUUUAUUUUCUUGUAAAAAUAUAUAUAUAUAGAAUGGCUCUCCGUUUCGGAUCCGCACUUAAAGAAUUAAGAAUUCAUUUAUGCCAAACUGGAGCUGCCAGUAAAGGUGUCAGAGAAUUUGUUGAAAAACACUAUGUGAACCUUAAAUCAAAUAAUCCCAAGCUUCCUAUACUAAUAAGAGAAUGUUCUGGUGUCGAACCUAAACUUUGGGCUAGAUUUGAUAAGGGAAAGGAAAAAUGUGUGACGUUGAAAGAUUUAUCAGCAGAAGAUGUCCUUAAACAUAUUGAUUCAGUUUCGAAAGGGCAAUGAAUGUAAUCGUAUAUAUUUUUUUAGAAAUUUACUUAUGAUAGUUAUUUGUGAUCAAUAAACAAUGUUAAUUAAU